AUGUCUGCCAAAACCGAAUCUAAGGGUCUCGUUCUAGAGAACACAGCUCGUAGAGAUGCUUUGAUUGCCAUUGAAAAGAAGUACCAAAAACUUUGGGCCGAAGAGCAUCAGUUUGAAAUUGAUGCUCCUUCUUUAGAGGAUGAAAACAUUUCUAUCGACUCAGAAGAGUUGCAAAAGAAGUAUCCAAAAUUUAUGUCUUCUAUGGCUUAUCCAUACAUGAAUGGUGUUUUGCACGCUGGUCAUUGUUUCACAUUAUCAAAGGUUGAAUUUUCCAUUGGUUUUGAAAGAAUGAACGGCAAGAGAGCUCUAUUCCCAUUGGGUUUCCAUUGUACGGGUAUGCCAAUUCUAGCAUGUGCGGAUAAAUUGAAGAGAGAAGCAGAGAUGUUUGGCAAGGACUACAUGGGUGCUCCGGUUGAUGAAGUUGAAGAAGAAGAAGUAAAACCUGUUCAAGAAAAAGAAGACCCAACGAAAUUUAAAGCUAAAAAAUCUAAAGCUGCUGCCAAAAAGGGUCGUGGUAAAUAUCAAUUUGAAAUCAUGUUGCAACUAGGAAUUGCAAGAGAAGAUGUCAUUAAAUUUGCUGACGCCAGUUAUUGGUUGACUUAUUUCCCACCUUUGACUGAAAGGGACUGUACCUCAUUUGGUGCUCGUAUUGAUUGGAGAAGAUCAUUCAUUACCACUGAUCUAAAUCCUUACUAUGACAGUUUCAUUAGAUGGCAAAUGAAUAAAUUAAAGGCUCUUGGAAAAAUCAAAUUUGGUGAACGUUACACUAUUUACUCUGAAAAGGAUGGACAACCUUGUAUGGAUCACGACAGACAAUCUGGUGAAGCAGUUGGUCCUCAAGAGUACAUCGGUAUUAAGAUUGAAGUUACCGAGUUUGCAGAAGCUGCACAAAAGAUUGUCGAUGCAUCUGACUUGGAUCAUUCUAAAAAGAUCUACUUUGUUGCAGCUACCUUAAGACCAGAAACCAUGUAUGGUCAAACCUGUUGUUUCGUUUCUCCAAAAAUCAACUAUGGUGUGUUUGAUGCUGGCGACUGUUACUACAUUACCACGGAACGUGCCUUCAAGAAUAUGUCUUUCCAAAAGUUGACACCUAAGAGAGGGUAUUAUAAACCUGUCGUUUCCAUCCUUGGUAAAGACUUCGUGGGAUCUAAGAUUCAUGCACCUUUGACUCCAUACCCUGAAUUGAGAAUAUUACCUAUGGAUACAGUUAUCGCAACAAAGGGUACUGGUGUUGUUACCUGUGUCCCAACCAACUCACCAGAUGAUUACAUGACUACCCAAGACCUCAAACAUAAACCUGAGUAUUACGGAAUUGACCCAGAAUGGAUCAAUCACGAGUUGGUACCUGUCAUUCAUACCGAUAGGUACGGAGACUUGACAGCCAAGACUCUUUGUGAAGAGCUUAAAAUCAAAUCUCCAAAAGACACUAAUCAAUUGGCAGAAGCUAAAAAGUUGGCUUAUAAAGAAGAUUUCUACUCAGGUACUAUGAUUUACGGUAAAUACAAGGGAGAGAAGGUAGAAACAGCCAAAAAUAAAGUUAGAAACGAUUUGAUUGCUAACAAUGAAGCUUUCGUGUAUAAUGAACCAGAGUCUGUUGUCAUUUCUCGUUCUGGUGACGAAUGUGUCGUCUCUUUAGAGGAUCAAUGGUUCAUUGAUUACGGUGAAGAGGAAUGGAAAAAGCAAGCUGUUGAGUGUUUGGAAGGUAUGGAAGUGUUUGCUCCUGAAGUUAAGAACGCUUUUGAAAGUGUGCUAGAAUGGUUAAAGAACUGGGCUGUUUCUCGUAGUUAUGGUUUAGGUACUAGAAUCCCAUGGGAUCCAAAAUAUUUGGUUGAGUCAUUAUCUGAUUCCACUAUCUACCAAGCAUUUUACACAAUUGCUCAUUUGCUCUUCAAGGAUUAUUACGGUAAGGAAAUUGGUCCUCUUGGGAUUAAGGCUGAACAAAUGACUGAUGAAGUAUUUGACUACAUUUUCCAACACACCGAUGAUGUGAAAAGUACCGAUAUCCCAAUUGAAGCCUUGCAAAAAUUAAGAAGGGAAUUUGAAUAUUUCUACCCAUUGGAUGUCUCUAUUUCAGGUAAGGAUUUGAUUCCAAAUCAUUUGACCUUCUUUAUUUACACCCACGUUGCGCUGUUCCCAAAAAAGUUCUGGCCAAAGGGUAUCAGAGCAAAUGGUCAUUUGAUGUUAAAUAAUGCAAAGAUGUCUAAAUCAACUGGUAACUUCAUGACUUUGCAACAAAUGGUAGAGAAGUAUGGUGCAGAUGCUUCUAGAAUUGCCCUCGCCGACGCAGGUGAUAGUGUAGAAGAUGCAAACUUAGACGAGUCCAAUGCUAAUGCCGCUAUCUUAAGACUUUAUAACCUAAAGGAAUGGGCUGAAGAUGUUGUGAAGAAUGAAGAAAACUUGAAGACCGAUUCCGAAUAUGGCUUCUUUGACACCGCAUUCGAAAAUGAAAUGAACUAUUUGAUUGAACAAACUUAUAAACAAUAUGCUGCCACAAACUACAAGAAUGCAUUGAAGUAUGGAUUGUUCGAUUUCCAAGCUGCUAGAGAUUACUAUCGUGAAUCUUGUGAAACUAUGCACCGUGACUUGGUCUUACGUUAUAUUGAAAACCAAGCUUUGUUGUUGGCCCCAAUCGCACCACAUUUUGCUGAAUACAUUUAUCGUGAAGUUUUAAAGAAAGAAGGUUCUGUUCAAAAUGCCAAAUUCCCAACUGUCAGCAAGCCAGUUGAUAUCGGUAUUUCUGCUUCCUUAGAUUAUGUUAGAGAUCUACAAAGGUCUAUUAGAGAGGCCGAAGGUCAAGCUUUAAAGAAAAAGAAGGGUAAGGGUGCAGAUGUCGAUCCUUCAAAGCCAGCAAAAUUGAUUUUGUACAUCAUCGAAACCUUCCCAGAAUGGCAAACUAAGUAUAUUGAUUUGGUCCGCGAACUUUUCGAGAAGCAAAGUUUGGAUGACAACAAAGUUAUUAAGACUAGGGUUGAACCAAAGGACAUGAAACGUGCAAUGCCUUUCAUUUCUUUGUUGAAACAAAGAUUGAGUACUGAAUCCCCAGACUCCGUCUUCAAUAGAGAAUUGCUAUUCAAUGAAAUUGAAACUGUUAAGGCUACAUUUGAUUCUUUGAAGAAGUCCUCCCAAGCGAUAAAGAUCAGUGAAUAUGAAAUUGUUUCUUUGCCAUAUAACGCAGAUGUUGGUAAGAACAUUUUCACUAAUGAAGAGGUUGUUGUUCAAAAAAGCAAGGUUGUUGAAAACGCUAUCCCUGGGGAACCAGCCAUCAUAAUCAAGAAUAUCUAA